GCUGUCUGCCAACCACUAAGCCUGUCUAUUAUUUAAUCCAUUAAUAUGGCUGGAAAGCCCAUUUUGUAUUCUUACUAUCGAAGCUCCUGCUCUUGGCGAGUGAGGAUUGCAUUGGCAUUGAAAGGAAUCGAACAUGAAUAUUCAGCGGUGAAUCUGUUAAAAUCCGAGCAGCUUGGGGAGACGUAUCUGUCUGUGAAUCCAACAGGCCAGGUUCCAGCCUUGCAGAUUGACAGCAUGGUGCUCACCCAGUCAAAUGCAAUUAUUGAGUAUCUUGAUGAGACGAGGGAUGCUCCAUCGUUGCUUCCUAAAGACCCAAAGAAACGCUUCCUAGUUCGCGAGCUGUCACAAGUUAUUUCUUGUGGAAUCCAACCCGUUCAGAAUUUAAAAGUUCUGCGCUACAUAGGAGAUGAGAAGAAAGGGGAAUGGGGUCAUAGAGCGAUCAAAGAAGGCUUUGAAGCCCUUGAGAAGCUUUUAGAGCAGACUGCUGGCACGUACUGUGUCGAUGAUGAAAUUACUAUGGCUGAUCUUUGCUUAGUACCACAAGUGUAUAACGCCAACAGAUUUAAAGUGGACAUGUCCAAGUUCCCAGUGAUUUCCAGAAUCAAUGCUGCCUUGAUGGAACUGGACAGCUUCAAAGCCUCACACCCAAGCAAGCAGCCCGACUGCCCUGAAGAUCAGAGGCAGUGAAGGGGCAGCGUGAUUCGAGCUUUCAAGAGAGAGUGUCAUAUAUGCAUUGGUAAAAGGGUCAAUCAUGUUUUAAAAUAUUUUUGAAAGAAACUGCUUGAGGUCACUGAACACUUUUGGUAGUUGUCAAAGACCAGUAUU